AUAAUGGAUAAGGACAUUGAUGUGGAUAAGGUGUAUUUAUAUUUCCAUCAUAGAUCUUAGAGAAAUUGUUGGAAACCAAAGGAGCUCGUAGUGGAAAACCAGUAAAUCUAACGGAGAGUGAAAUCAGAUCAUUAUGUGUUAGAAGCAGAGAGAUUUUCUUAACUCAACCCAUGUUACUAGAAUUGGAAGCACCAAUUAAAAUAUGCGGUAAAACACUCUCCUUAUAUCAAGGUGAUAUUCAUGGACAAUACACAGAUUUGUUGAGAUUAUUUGAAUAUGGGGGAUACCCACCUGAAGCGAAUUAUUUAUUUUUAGGAGAUUAUGUUGAUAGGGGCAGACAAUCCUUAGAAACUAUCUGUUUACUACUUGCUUAUAAGAUUAAAUUCCCUGAGAAUUUCUUCCUGCUUAGAGGAAAUCAUGAAUGCUCCUAAAUAAAUCGUAUAUACGGAUUCUACGAUGAAUGCAAAAGGAGAUACAACAUCAAAUUGUGGAAAACCUUCACAGAUUGUUUCAACUGUUUGCCUGUGUGUGCAGUCAUCGAUGAAAAGAUCAUAUGCAUGCAUGGAGGGUUGUCUCCUGAAUUGUCCAACUUAGAAUAAAUACACAGGAUAAUGAGACCUAUUGAAGUUCCAGACACAGGCUUAUUGUGUGAUUUGUUAUGGUCAGAUCCUGAGAAAGAUGCUUAAGGAUGGCAAGGUUACUUAAAUUGUCUCCUAUUUUAGACAACGAGAGGGGAGUUUCAUACAUCUUUGGACAAGAUGUCAUAUCUAAUUUCUUGAAGAAAAACGACAUGGAUCUCAUUUGUAGAGCUCAUCAAGUUGUCGAAGAAGGAUACGAAUUCUUCGCUAAAAGACAAUUAGUUACACUCUUCUCGGCUCCCAAUUACUGUGGAGAGUUUGACAACUCAGGUUUAACAUAGUUCAAUCAUUUUAGGCGCACUCAUGAGUGUCGAUGAAACUUUGAUGUGCUCAUUUCAAAUACUAAAAUCACAAGAUAAAAAAAAUGUCCCACAAGCCAGACCAAGAACACCAAAAUACGUUAAUUGA